AUGAAUGGGGCGUCGUUCCUGAUGUGCUUGAACAAGGUGUGCGGGUACGACGACAUCCUCUUAGAGUCGAACGAGUCGACGAUGCAGGAAGAGGAAGCUGGCGAGGAAGCUAGCGAACGCAAUGGCCUGCGAAGGUUUUUGGGAAAUGGCGGGGCCGGAUGGGGAUGGUCGGGUUCAAGGUGGACCCCUGAGUCAGGCCAUGACCGAGUCGAUGCGGGAGAGGCUGAACUUGGUGGCGCUGCCAGCACCGUCCUCUCUCUCUCUAAUGGGAUGCAACGAUGGAGGAGAGAAAGAUGA